UCUCCUAGCUAUCAGGUGACUACAGACAACAAAUAUGAGGAUAAGAAGGAAGAAGAAAAAAAGUCGAGAGUUCAAGCUGGAGUUGUUCUGUCUGUUGCUACUACCUAUCCUGAGACUGUAAAUCCCAAGCAGCCUAUGUUAUCAGCACCUGUACCUGCCAGUAUACUAGAUGUAACUCCAGCCAAAUCCAAGUUAGAAAGGGUUUCGAGUCCUAGAUCUUUUGCUCAAGAACAAAUUAGUGCUACUAAAGAGAGGAAGAUUGUUAUUUAUGUUUGUGCAGCAGAUUCACAAGAUUGUAAGGUGGAAAAGAGUCUUCUACACAAUGAAGUGUACCCUGAAUUACGUCAGACACUUCAAAAGGCUGAUUUUGAAUUACACCUUGUUGACCUACACUGGAGUAUCCAGGACAAAACUGCAGAACCCGCAGAACUUUGUCUACAUGAGUUGGCUCGACAAUCUGAAAGGGCGUACAUAAUUCCAGUUGUAUUUCUUAAUGACUCUCUUGGAGCACCACUCCUACCAAAAACUCUUGAGUGUGCCGAUUACGAGGCUGCUUUCCAAAUUUCAGAUAAAUCGUUAGGAAAGUGGUAUACAAAGGAUGAACAAGCACAGCCACCAUGCUAUCGCCUGAAACCAGCUUCUGCUCAUGUACGAAACCUCAAGAGCUCUAUUAAGGAGGAAAGAGACAAAGCUUUAAAGGAAUGGCGCCUUGAAGUGGACAAAAUUUUGGCUAUUAUGUUGUCCUCUUUCCAAGAAGAGUUGAGGGAUACUUAUCUAUCUACAGUUGUUGAACAGGAGGUCCAGAGUACUCUACUGAUGUCCCGAGAACUUGCCUCUAGAUGUAUCUGGCUUCACCGGGCAGCUCACACACAACCAUCCCAGAGUCAACUUACUCCUAGUGACCAAGAACUGAAGAGAAGGCUAGAACUUCUGAAGGCUACAUGUAAGUCUCAACUAGAAGACUGCAAUAUUUUAAAAGUUGUGCCAGCUGCUGGCUCUGACCAUUCAGAGCAACCUGACUACCUUAGCCAGGUUGUUUCUCUUCUCAAAAAGAGGCUUGGAAAUAUUGUCGAUACUAUCAUGGAAGAACAUUCAGUAAAGAGUUGUUUAACUGGGUUAGAAAUAGCUAAGGAAAUCACCUGGCAUAGAAGAUCAGCUCAGAAAAAUUCUCUUUGUGGCACUAAUAGACAGACUCUCCUAGACCUCGUAGAAAAGUCUGAAGGAGAUGGUGUAAUAGUUUUUACUGGUCCUGAGGGCUGUGGAAAAUCCGCUUUACUUGCUCGGCUGGUGUCACAUGUAAAAGGUGAAGUGAUAUAUCGUCAGGUUGGCAUUAGCCGUUACUCUUCUACCUUAGUGUGCCUUUUGCUGUCUAUCCUUAGAGAACUGGAAGGAGAAAACAUCAACCAAUGGACAUAUCCUCAUACUGUAGAUACUUACUCAAACCGCCUCUACCAAGCUCUUGAGAAGAGUGGAAACAAAAAGCACACUAUUCUUAUCAUUGAUGGUAUUGACCAGUUCAGAGAAUUUGGCUUAAAUGUUGUCACUUGGCUACCUAGAUCACUUCCGAAAGGUGUGAAGAUUGUUGUUUCUGUCAGUGAUACUUCCGACCUUCUCAUAUCUAAGCUCAAAACCCACUUAGACAAGACCAAUGCAAAAUUUAUUUCUGUCCCAGAUUUAAGUAAAGAAGAAGGUGAAAUAAUCCUCAUGUCAUCUAUUUUAGAGUAUAACCACAGUAUCAACCCUAGUAUACAGGAUUGUGUGGUGUCAUCUCUGUCAGCUUGUACACUUCCAUUAUAUGUAAAGGUUCUUGCAUGGCAAACGACUUGGUGCUCAGAAUAUCAAAUUGCUUUGGAACCACAGUCAGUUUUGAGAGAUCAACUGUCAACUAUGCUACAAGAAUUGGAAACUAUGCUAGGAAAAGAGCAGGUUGAAAAAGCUCUUUGCUUGCUGUGUUCUUCAAAAUGGGGUCUAACGGACUCAGAAAUACUUGACAUAUUUUGUAGUGAUAGCGCAUUUCAUACCCCAACAACAUAUUUGCCCUGGGCUGGAGCUUGCUUGUUUUGGUCCAAGCUGACCCGUCACUUAGGCCCAUUCCUCGAGCAUGGUGAAGACUGCGCUAAUCUCCUUGUUGACCCUUCCUUGGCAAAAACUGUCCGUGAACGUUACAGAAGCAAGAUGUCUUGGGCAAGAACACUUCUCUACAGGUAUUUCACAGGCCAGCUUUGGGAGGAUGGAAAGAAAAUCAAGGCACGUAUGCUAUUGCAGCCAACCAAAUUUGGAGAAACAAUCUUCAAUAGGCGUAAACUGGAAGAACUUCCCUACCUUACUUUCAAAACACAAGGUACAGCAAUAAAAUAUAGCUUGGACCCAGAUUGGAUGUUUGACAAACUCUGUGGUUCAACAGUUCACCAGUUGCUACAAGAUUUGUAUUUGGAGAAUGAAAAUGAAGAUAUUGCUUGGUUGUGUAAAUUUCUCGAGACAUGUUCUCCUGCCUUGGAAUAUGAUGGCAGGCAGCUGUAUGCUCAGAUUGCUAGAUACAGAUUUCCACUAGCAACACCUUUAGGUCAGAUGCUUCAAGGUCCACCAAGAGUAGUCAGCUUAAUUGAAUCAGAAACAGAAGAGGAUGAAGAUAUGAUGGCUGAAAUCAACUUGGUAGUGCGACUUCCCUAUAACUACAGUUUCGUUGUAACUGUUUCAACAUCCUCAGAAGAAAUAUGUGUUUGGGAUAUUUCGAGGUGUAAGCGGGUACGAAGAUUGAAAGAGGUGCCUCAACCAUCAGCCCUUCAAAUGGUUGAUGACUUUAAGUGUGUUGUUCUUUGCAAAAGAGAAUUGCGCACUUACGAUCUCAAUACUGGAUCUCUUCUCACUAUUCUAAAAGGUGUCAUGAAUCAGAAGAUGCCAUAUUUUGGCCUUCAUGAUGCUGACCAUCUAGUUGCACUAUCACGGAAUAGGAUGUAUGUCAACUUGAUGAACCUCACCACUGGUGACCUUGUCACAACUUUCAAAGCUGGAGAGGAUAGAUUUUUAAAUUCACUUCUGGUAUCUGGAGAUGGGAGGAUUCUGGUGUGUGGAGAUGAAACACAGAAGCCAAUGCCUCUUCUUGUCUGGAAUUUAUCUUCACGAAAAUUGCUAUAUGACUUGAGAAUACCACAACAUGAUUUCCUAACAAAUUUGUCAGCUAUAACUCACAAUGGCAGCUACGUUUCUGUUGUGGCUAAGGAAGUGGAUGAACCAAGCCCAAACUACAUUGUCGUUUACGAUCUUCAAUCUGGAACUCUAUUCAAAAAGUGGAAAAGAGGAGUAGACACUGUUUCUGUUGAUAUUUCAUCAACAGAAUCAUGUGUAGUAUCUGGCCAUGCUGAUUUGAGCAUUAUUGUUUGGGAUCUAGUUACAGGUAACUGUCGUUGGAGACUCAAAGGUCAUUCCUCAGCUCCAGACUACUUGCGACUUUCUCCUUCAGGAUCAAUACUGUUGUCUCGAUCGACAUUAUCUGACACAGCUCUUCGUCUUUGGAAUCUUUCUGAUGGUGGACUCCUAGCUGUAUUCAGUCCUGAUUGCCCUCUUAAGGCUUCUGAUCUUACAGACACCUAUGUAAUUCUCUCUCUAGACUCAGGAAAGCGAUUCACUAGUCUUCAGCUCCAGGGCCCUGGUUAUACAUUUAGAGCAAAGGAAGAAAUUUAUGGUGAUGAUGAGUUGCGGUGA